CAGUCUCCGAAGUUUCCGUUAAAGAUUUUCAUUUAUUGAAUCCAAGCUUUUUUUUAUGUCCAGAACAAAAAAUAAUUAUUCUUUUGUUGUACAAAGAUUUAUUUAAGAAAUUGAUAUUCCAGAAUAUUUGAGUUGAGUAAAUAAUUUAGAAUUUUCCUUUUUUUCUUUCCAUUUCUGAUGGGGAUAGGGUUAAAGUAUUAGAAAGUCACGAGAUUUGUUGCAAUUUGGCUGAAAGAAAAUGGAGGGGUUGGACAGGUUUCUUGUGGCAACAAGCACCAUAGGCUUCAUUUGUGUGUGCAAGGUGUUUGUCAAAUUUCUCAAGUGGGUGUGGGUGAUGUUCUUGAGGCCACCAAAGAAUCUCAAAGAAUAUGGUUCUUGGGCUAUAAUCACUGGAUCCACUGAUGGAAUUGGCAAGGCCAUGGCUUUUGAAUUUGCAUCCAAGGGACUCAACCUUCUCUUGGUUGGUCGAAACCCUCUGAAACUCGAGACGACAUUGAAGGAAAUAAGAGAGAGACAUGGUGUUGAGGUCAAGUUUGUGGUCAUAGAUAUGCAGAAAGUUAGUGGAGAGGAAAUCGCUAAGAGAAUAGAGGAAGCAAUAGAUGGUUUGGAUGUGGGUUUGCUUGUUAAUGGUGCUGGUUUGGCUUACCCUUAUGCGAGAUUCUUUCAUGAAGUUGAUUUGGAGCUUAUGGAUGCUAUUGUGAAAGUGAAUUUGGAGGCAACAACUUGGAUCACAAAGGCUGUGAUUCCGUCCAUGCUCAAGAAGAAAAAGGGUGCUAUAGUGAACAUUGGUUCUGGUUCUUCUGUGGUGCUUCCAUCAUACCCUCUAGUCACUCUCUAUGCUGCUACAAAAGGAUACCUAGCCAUGUUCUCCAGAUGCAUCAGUUUGGAGUAUAAGCAUCAAGGAAUUGAUAUCCAGUGUCAGGUUCCAUUAUUUGUGUCAACCAAAAUGACCAAAAUGAAGAAAUCAGUUUUUGUGCCAACACCAGAAUUGUACAGCAAAACAUGCACAAGGUGGAUUGGAUAUGAAAAACUGGUUGAGCCAUACUUUCUUCAUUCUGUGCAAGGUUUUCUCAUAAGAGCAAUUCCUCAUGCACUCAUGGAUUCCUACAUGUUACGAUAUUUUCUUUAUUUUCGUGCAAAAGGACUCUCCAAGGACUCCAACAAGGCUAAAGAAACAUCAUUAGCUGCAUCUGAUUCCCAAUAACCAAACAUCAUUAAUCAAGAUUACAGUUCAAAUUACUAAGUCUUUGUGGGUGAUUAGUGAAAUAAUUAUAUUUUUCUUUCUUGAAUUUUACUUUUGGAAGUUCACCUGCUCCCCACCAGUGUUCUGAUUGGUCUGUGCUUACUUAAUUUAGUAGUGUUUGAAUA